UUUGUGUUCCGUCUCGAGCCUCGACCUGAUAGGAAAGUCAGUGUACAGGUUGCUAGGCAACGAGAGGCUCUGACCGAAGGUGUUUUCACGCCAAAUCCGCCCAUACAAUGACAAAACUACCUAAAAGUGCGUCGGUUUGAAUCUAAUGCUAGCUAGAGCUAUUUCUAAAGUCGAUUAUUAGUUUGUGAUUAGUGCACACUGAAAAUGCCGUUCAGCGCCGAGGUCAUUAAGCCGCCCCUUCAUGACCAAAUAACAGAACUGCAGAGGAAAAUUCAACUUCUUGAGGGCGACAGAAGUGCAUACUAUGAAAUUUCUCAAUCCAGCAUCAAGAAAAACAGGGAUUCCAUCCUUCAGCUGAGGCAGGAGAACAAGAGACUACACAAGAAGUUGGCAGACGCUCUUGCUGGGGACGAGCAUGUGAUAAAGGAGGCCUUCCAAAGCCGAGGCAAUGAGAAAGCUGCCUUCAGAAACAUGUCAGGGAAGGCUGCUCUCAAGGUGCUGGACCAGAAGGUGUGUGACAAGAUGAAGAAGCUGAACGCUCUAAAGCACACCACCCAGACGUACCGCCGUCGCCUGGAGGACCUACAGACACAGUACCAGAGGAUGAAGCUAGAGAACAGGGGACCAGAGAGAGACACGGAGAGACGCAACGAGGAGGCCAAGAGUGAAGGAAAGGCGGCUGAGGAGCAUCCCCAAAAGAACUUGCGGGUGCUGGAGAAUCGUCUGGAGAAAGCCCAGCUGAAGUGCCAGGAGGCUGAACACAUCAUGAGGGGCUAUCUGAAACUAAAGGCCCACCUACAGGAGGAGAGCCUGACCUUCCAGUCCCAGCUGGAUAAACUAGAGGCUGAGAUCCUGAGACAGAGACAGGAGCUGAAGGACCUGCAGGUCAUGAACAGUGACGCACUCCUCUCCAAAGACGCCGCCAAGGCAGAGCUGCAGCGUCAAGAAGACCAGAUGUAUAGGGAGAGGAAGGACAGAGAGUGUAUCCUCACCCGCUACAAGAAGGAGGCAGAGGAGCGCAAGGCCCAGGCUGAGAGAGUGGAGAGAAGGGCCCAGCGUGCAGCCAUGCAGCCAGACGAGCUGAGCAGCGAGGCCCAGCGCAGUGCCACCGGGUUGGGGGAGGAGGAGAGGGCCAUCUCCACCUUCGAAGAAGCCUUCAGACGCAUUAAGGAGGCCACAGGGGUAACUGACACACAGGAGGUGGUGGAGAGGUUCAUCUCCCAGGGAGACACCCAGCAGCACCUGGAGGAUCUGAAGAAGGAGAACCACAGAACCCUGCUACAGCUGAAGGAGGACAGGGACCGUCUGCACAAACACUUCCAGGACAUUAAGUACUCCGGGGAGGCCAAGCUCUCCAGUGGUCAGCAGAUGCUGGAAGACUGUAAGCACCACCUGCAGGCAGAGCAGGGGAGGCGCGACGCCGCCAAGGAGCGUCUGGACUGGCUGACCCGGACCCUGAACACGGUCCGGGCCGGGGUGGAACACCUAUCUGACAAACUGCAGCACAUCAAACUGGGUGAGGGCCCGGACCCCCAGCUGCCCCCCGGCUCAGAGGAGUACGUGGUGGAGCUGCUGUCCCAGUCAGAACAGAAGCUGUUGUUACUGCAGGAGGAGCUCCAGGGGAACGACCUGGCCGCCAUCAUGAAGGAGAUGGAGGAAGAGGAGUUCCAUGCCAGCAUCGAGGGGAAGCUGCCCCAUUACAACACCCGCAUCAAGCUGCCUGAGGCUCAGAGACAGGACCCAUAUGAUGAAGAGGAGGAGAGCGGGGACGACGAGGGUGACAUUAUCACCAGGGCGAUACUGAAGCACCAGUCUCAGCUCAUCAUCGACUCCAAGACUAAAAGGAAGACCAGGACCAAGAAGAAAAAGGGCAAGCUCUGAUCCUAGAUCAGUUAGGCUGGCUAGAGGUCUCAAGAAAUACAAUUACUAGAAUGGGGAUGUCAGCUCUAGUAAUUAUAUUUCUAUGACGAGAGCGGCCUUGAGUUUGUGUUUAGUGUGAGGUCAUAGGUCUUAUUUGUGCCCUGGAUUGAGUGAAAAUGCCUUUGCUUGAGAUGGCAUAGGGGACUUGAGUGAAAUGUUAAUCCUCUCAUAAUUAUUCAGUUAGCUAAAUAAUUAUAUUCCUUAUUAACUAAUGGAAUGCACAGUAAAUGUACACUACCGUUCAAAAGUUGGGGGUCACUUAGAAAUGUCCUUGUUUUCCAUGAAAACAUACAUGA